AUGGUGUCCCAAGGAGAUACUACGCAGCAUGCCCCAGCCGGCCACUGGAGCGCUGCCAACCCCAUUCCCACCAUCAACAAGUUUGUCGAGAACCUUGACAAGGAGAAGAAAGAGCGCGAUAAACGCAUCGACGAGGAACUCAAGCAUAAAGAGGAGGAUGCGCGGAAGGAGGGCAAGCCUGUUGAUCACACCGCUGUCGACGUGCCUACGAAGAGCACCCGCAAGGUCACAGAUCCGGUAACAGGCAGGGACAUCGAGAUCGAAGACGUUCAAAAGAGGUACCUGGAGGAGUCGAAGAAUCCAAUGCUUACCGUUCCAAACGCCAAUCUCGAUAAACCAACGCACAUAAAAACGGAUCCGACGCAAGACUUUGCAGAGUAUAAAGAGAGCCAGGAUGUCACUGCUCCGCCAGAUCCCGUUGCUGAGGGCACUACCUCCGAUGUGCCCAUCCACGGUGAAAAAACGAAUAUUCUUUUUCAUCCUACGCCCUCAAUCACCUUCCAGCCUAUGUUCCACCAACUUGAGAAGCGUGCGAACGGUCUUGUAGCUGCGGUAGCUCUCGCGAUCAUCCUUUUUGGAAGGAUUUUCGGGGGCUCUCUUUGGGGGCUUUUCCUUCUCGCCUUCAGCGUUGCAUCAGGGGUGUACCUCUGGGUUAAAGAAGUGAUACGCAGUGGUAGGGAUCGUGAAUGGCGCAGCGAGCAACUGCGAGGUGAGACGGCAACUGUAAACCUUCUUCCCGAGUCAGUGGAGUGGAUGAACGCCUUUUUAGGCAUUACAUGGGGCUUGUUGAACCCAGAAAUGUUCACUAGUGUCGCGGAUACUAUCGAGGACAUAAUGCAAGCCUCAGUGCCCAGCAUCAUUGAGAAUGUACGCGUCGCUGAGAUUGAUCAGGGAAACAACCCGCUCAGGAUUCUUAGUAUUCGAGCUUUGCCAGAUGGUCACGUUGAAGACUUGAAGCAUAACAUCCGAGAAGAAAACAAGAAAAGUAAGGAUCCACAGGAAGCGGCCGCUGAUGAGGAGGGUGGUGACUACUAUAAUUUCGAGGUGUCUUUUGCAUACCACGCAAAACCCACCGAAGGGAGCACCUCUGCGAAAGCACGUAAUAUGCACAUGCAGAUUGUGUUCUAUCUAGGCAUCAGGGGCCUCUUUGGCGUACCUUUUCCUAUCUUUGCGGAAUUGAUCGAGCUCAUUGGAACUGUUCGGCUUCGGCUUCAGAUGACUCCACAACCUCCUUUCGCCAAGUCACUCACAUUCAGCUUGAUGGGCCUUCCACAUGUCCGUGCCGGCUGUGUUCCUCUUGUGAAAAAAGGCGUGAACAUAUUGAACCUGCCACUAAUAUCAAAUUUCGUCAACUACUCCAUUGGGGCUGCAGCAAGUCUCUAUGUAGCUCCCAAGUCUAUGUCGUUGGAUUUGGGUAUGAUUCUCAAGGGCGAUGACAUUCAGAAAGACACCGAAGCCCUGGGCAUCUUCUGGAUUCGAAUUCACAGAGCCAUUGGGCUUAGCAAGCAGGACCGCCGAGGCUCCGAAGGCGGUGGUAGUGACCCUUACAUCAACCUGUCAUUUUCCAAAUAUGGCAAACCGAUGUACUGCACUCGUGUGAUCACGGACGACCUGAAUCCGAUCUGGGAGGAGACCGCCGCAUUGCUGGUCACCCCGGAACUGAUUAAAGCUGACGAACAACUCAGUAUUGAACUGUGGGACUCGGAUCGUAACUCGGCUGAUGACAUUGUGGGCAAGGUAGAGCUCUCCAUCCGGAAAUUAAUACAACAUCCCGGCAAGAUGUAUCCACAAGUUUCCCACCUGCAAGGCUUGGAUGAAGGGAGCAGUAUGCCCGGGAAAUUGCAUUGGGAAGUAGGCUACUUUGGAAAGCCUAGAGUUCGACCCGAACUUCGGACUGAUGGAAAGAAUCAAGAACUUCCAGAUACGCUCCGGGGUGAGCCUACGCUUCAAGAUGACAAGGGGAUUGUUAAUACGGAGGAAGAAGAUGCAAUCGUACACACUCCGCCCGACCCUCUCUGGCCCAGCGGCAUUUGUAGUAUUGUCGUACACCAGAUUGUCAAUCUUCAGUUAGAAAAUAUCUACGGAAGUGAAGGAAAUCGCAAGGGCAGAGAAUUCGAACCUGCGAGGUCAUAUGGAGAAAACACGGACGAAGAAGGAAAAAAUCUUCCAACAAGCUAUUGCACAAUACUGCUUAAUGAUCAGCUGGUUUAUCGAACCCGUGCUAAAGCAGUCAGCAGCAAGCCUAUCUUCAAUGCAGGGACCGAACGUUUUGUACGCGACUGGCGCUCUGCACUCGUCACCGUGACUGUUCGUGAUCAUCGGUACCGCGAGCAUGAUCCGAUCCUUGGUGUUGUUACGCUCAGGCUCUCUGAUUUGAUGAAAACCUCAUCUCAGGUUACCCGCUGGUACCCGCUCGGUGGAGGAAUUGGGUUUGGACGCGUGCGAAUUUCCCUUUUGUUCCGAAGCGUUGAAACGAAGCUUCCUCCAAGAAUGCUUGGAUGGGAUGUUGGCACUUUCCAGUUCACGUCAGAUCGCAUUACAUUAAAGAAUUAUGCCCACUCUGCUAAGAUUCGGCUCCGUACUGGCGGUAGCACUGGAAAGCUAUCAAGAUCGCAUUGCAGGAGUGACGAAAAUGGCCACUAUUUCGAUUUGUCUGAUCAAUCAACACGAGCACCAUUACUACCAGUCAAAUGGCGUUACCGCUCUCCGGUUGUGUUUGAGUUCCAUGCUGCGUCUAAGCGCGGCCCUUCAGCAUACGCCGUUCUGUGGCUUCAGCAUCUCGUCGAUAAUGAGCAAACCGAGAUCGACAUUCCAAUCUGGACUACAAAGCGCGCGAGUCGGUUGAUCCAAAACUAUGUCACUGAAGAAAACUGGAAAUCGCUCAAUUUGGAAGCCAUAGAGGAUCUGACUGAGGUUGGACGACUUCAGUUCUCAUGCAAAUUUUCGCCUGGAAUGGACGAGUCUCAUGAGAGGUUUGUCGCCGAUAAUGAUAGCCGCGAGACAUUUGAAACAUGGGAGGCUUGUCUAGCCGAGGGCAUUCGCGGCCGUCGAGUCAAAGUCGUGACUCCAGACAACAUACAGGAACUCCAUGAAAAGUCCCUAGUGCAAGGAAGGGACGUUCUCCGCGACAUUGAUCCGAAGGAGCGAAACCACUGGAUUGCCAAGGACGGUGUUGACUGGAGCGGUACAUUCGGCAAGGAUCCAAAGGACUAUGUCAACGAAGAACAUCAGCAAGGAUCCAGCCAGUUUCAUACCACUAACAGCACGAAACCCCGUGCAAUGAAUGACUGCGAUGACGACGAUGAUAGCGAAGAUGACAGCAGUUCGGAUGAGGAUGAGAACAAUCACACUAGGAAUCGCAGGGAUUCAGCAUAUUCAGGAGUAACAGAGAACUUAUCGUCGAACUCGUCAAGAUCAUCCAAAUCCACGAAAUCCUCCGUGAACAGGGCAAACAAACGAACUGAACGUCGCCAGCAACGUGGUGUGAUGCAAUGGAAGCCUGCCCGCAAUGCAGCAUUCGCCAAGCACGAGGCCACGUUUGCUUUGAGAAAAGUGAAGAAGAAGUUUGGCAUGGGUGAUUUGACGGGUCGUGAGCCUGAUGUAGAAACUGAAGCGGGCUCUUGA